UUAAGGUGGAAAUGACAGCUGGCGUCUCUGAAUCUCGUUAUUCUGUUUGCGUCCUUGUAUCGUCCCGUUGCGUUUAAGACACUCGCCUAUUGAUGGAGUCUGCAUGCUCACCGAUGCCUUGCUUAUAAUUAAACAGCCAACACUCGCUGUGUCCGUGAGUCAAAAGUUUACACCCUCCGCAGUGCAGUCCCUGAACAGCCUCAAUGACCAGAUUGCCCAUUUCAUGGUGAACGGGCCCAAGGCCCUGGACAACGAGGACGACGCCUUCCUGCCCAGCGAGAAGGAGACCCUAAAGAAGUCCAUGACCUUGAUGAGACACCUGCUGAUGGAUGCCCAGGCCAAAAUCCUGAAAAUGAUGGAUGACAACAAGCAGCUGGCCCAGCGCAUCGACGGCGCAAUCCAGUCGGCCAGCCAGGAGGUGACCAACCUGCGCUCAGAGCUGAGCUCCACCAGUCGCCGGCUCGCCGAACUGGGGGCCAACGACCCCCCCAUGGCUGAGAACGCGCAGCACAACCACCACGAACCGUCUGUGCACCAGAGACAGAAGCCAGCGACAGACAUCUGCUAUAAAACUGACAUAACAAGCCUGAUGGAUUUCAACACCCCGGAUUCUUCUCUGGACAAGAUACUGCUGAGGGAGGAGGUGGCGCGACUCCAGGAGGAGGUACACCUGCUGAGGCAGAUGAAGGAGGUGCUGACGAAGGAGCUGGAGGACCCGCACAGCGGCUGCUCCCCCGAGCUGCUCUCAGCCACCGAGCUCCGGGUGCAGCUGGUCCACAAGGAGCAGGAGCUGGACCGCGCCAAAGAGGCACUGCAAGCGAUGAAGGCGGAUCGCAAACGUCUGAAGGUGGAGAAAGCCGACCUGGUGAACCAGAUGCAGCAGCUGUACACCACACUGGAGAGCCGCGAGGAGCAGCUGAGGGACUUCAUCCGCAACUAUGAGCAGCACAGAAAAGAGAGUGAGGACGCGGUGAAGGCCCUGGCCAAGGAGAAGGACCUUCUGGAGAGAGAGAAGUGGGACCUGCGGAGGCAGACCAAAGAGGCCACGGAGCAUGCGGGGGCGCUCCGCAGCCAGCUGGACCUGAAGGAGAACCGCAUCAAGGAGCUAGAGGCCGAGCUGGCCAUGAUAAAUAACUGUGUGGCUCAGAAAAUGGAGUACCGGGUGUUUGAUCGCCCAGUGGAGAAGGAGCCCUCACCUAGGGCCAAGGCGGCAAAGCAGUCCCUGGCAACGCUCACUAAGGACGUGCCCAAACGGCACUCCCUGGCCAUGCCCACUGAGGCCGUCGUCAAUGGCAACCAGGAAUGGGUGGUGCAGGCGGACCUGCCCCUCACAGCCGCCAUCCGGCAGAGCCAGCAGACGCUGUACCACGGGCACACUCCCCAUCCCGCCGACAGGCAAGCGGCAGUGAGGGUGAGCCCCUGUCACUCACGCCAACCCUCCAUCAUCUCGGACGCCUCAGCUGCCGAGGGCGACCGCUCCUCCACACCCAGCGACAUCAACUCCCCACGGCACCGGACGCACUCUCUCUGCAACUCUCUAGAGGACCUGGAGGACCAGAAGCGUAAGAAAAAGAAGGAGAAGAUGGGCUUGGGUUCUCUGUCACGAGUCUUCGCCCGAGGAAAACAGCGCAAGUCCCUGGACCCGGGCCUGUUCGAUGACUCAGACAGUCUGUCCAGCCCCACUCACCUCAGUCUCAGCCUAUCGGACGGUGAGGACCAGCUGGACCGCCUCCAGCAGGUGGAGCUAGCGAGGAGCACGCCCAUGUCACUGUGGAAGGCGGGCACUGUGCAGGCCUGGCUGGAGGUCGUCAUGGCGAUGCCCAUGUACAUCCGCGCAUGCUCGGAGAACGUCAAGAGUGGCAAGGUGCUGCUCAGCCUUACAGACGAGGACCUGGAGCUCGGACUGGGAGUCAGCAGCGCCAUGCACCGCCGGAAGCUGCGGCUCGCCAUCGAGGACUACCGUGAAGCGGAGGCGGGGCAGGGGUUAUCCAAGGCUGCAGAUAUGGACCACCACUGGGUGGCCAAGGCCUGGCUGAGCGACGUGGGGCUGCUCCAGUACUCCCAGUCCUUCCAUAACCAGCUGGUGGACGGGCGCAUGCUGAACUCCCUCACUCGCCGGGACCUGGAGCGCUUCCUUAACGUGACUAAGAAGUUUCACCAGAUCAGCCUGCUGCUGGGCAUCGAGCUGCUGCAUGCCCUCAACUUUGACAAGGAGACCCUGCAGGCCAGACGAGCCCUGUGCGAGCACCAGAACCUGGACCCUCUGGUGUGGACCAGUCACCGAGUGAUGAAAUGGGUCCGAGACAUCGAUCUGAAGGAGUUUGCCGACAGCCUCCAGAACAGUGGUGUUCAUGGCGCCGUGAUGGUGCUGGACCCAUCCUUCAACACUGACGCCAUGGCAACCGCGCUAGGCAUCCCCAGCAACAAGCACAUGAUUCGCCGGCACCUUAAGGAGGAGUUGAAGGCACUGAUCAGUGACGCCAGGGUGGGGCUACAGGUGGACUGUGAACGUCUGGGCACGCCCACCCUCCUGCGGCAGAGCUCCCUGUCCCGUUCGCCGGCAUCCAGCGGCCGGCGCUCGGAAGACGAGGCUUCGCUGAGAAGGCGCGCUUGCAAGCCGCCUGUAGGGUACGGCACCAAAGGCCAUGGUGGACGGGAUGUCAGUUUCCAUGGAAGCUGCGGCUCCCUGCCCCGGGAGAGCCGGGGGGAGGCCUCGCCCCGGUCAGAGGGCAGCCCCAUGCACAGCUACUCGGGCAUCGAAGUCACCAACGUCUGACAUCACCACGACACGAAUCACAACCAUCCAUCUGCUCACCCUUAUCUGGGGACUGGGGCAUGCUGGGAGAUUUGCAGACACACUGGAGCCACUGGGCAACUCUUGAGGAAAGAACCUUCGCUGAAUAGGAUGAGUUUUCUUUGGAGAAUCUGUCCUACAGGAGUCCUCUGUCUCUUCUAUCUCUCUGUCUUUUUCUCUCUCUCCCUUUAACCAGAUUCAGAAGUGACCCAGAGAAGUAUCUCCUUUGGCUUGCAGUUGUUUCUCCCCAUCAGCAGUCACAGGGGACAGUUAAAGCUUUUAUUUUUCUAUUUGCAUUAUUCGCAGAGCUAUUAUAAACAAGAAAGUUCAUAGUUUUCACAGUUUUCUAGCCUGUGCACUGUAUUAUCUCUGACCUCAAAGGUGUUUUUAAUAAGAGAAACUGUGGAAAAUAUACCUACUCAAAUCUGUCUGGUGGUAACGAAGCAAAGUACGUAUUCAGUAGGGUUAACAAUAAGUAACGGCUGAUCUUACUUUUCUGUUUCAGAUGUUUUGCUUUUUUGGGUUUAAUGAACUGUUCUUCUGGCACUUUUAGUGAUUCCAGUGACCUUGUAAACAGGAAGGAACUGAGAACAUUUCUAAACUAGGUGGAAGAUCAUGUUUCAUUAACAGGAUUCCGCCAUUUGUAUACAACUUACCACUGUUCAGCAGUGAAGCAUUUUCACCUCGCUUUAACGAUGACUUCAAAUGCAAUGAUGUGGUGCUUGAACGUACCCUAGAGUGUUUAAAAUAUUAAAAUGUUUUCCUUAUCUAGAAUGAGUGAGAGAGAUUGACAUAAGUAAAUCUACUAGGCAAAUGCUACAGGAGGAUAUAAGGUCAGUAAAAUAAAAGUGGCUGUACAUUUUUGUAAUUUAUUGUUUUUUUUUUUUUAACACAAAAUUCUACUGAUGACUUUUCAAUUAUCCAAAUGCAAAAGGACAGUGGUUGCAUGCAAUUCUGAGAGAGGCUUUAUGGUCUACAUACAACAUAUAAAGUGCGCCCCCUGUGAUGGACUGGCGCCCACCCCAUCCCGGGUUGAUCCCUUCUUUGUACCUGUAGCAACCACCCCCCCACCCCCCCCCCGACCCUGAAUAGGUCAAGUGGAUACAGAAAAUGGUUGCAUGGAUGGAUGGAUGCAUGGAUGGAAACUGCAUCCCCUGAAUGAGGGUGGCAUUCUGUCAAAAUGAAUGGUGGAUCUAUUCCCAGUGGAGCAGCACCAAGUUUCCCAAAACAGAAGACAUCUCUGCGCCCUCCCUCUGCAGCCAUCUGUAUUAGCUACCUAUGUGACUGCAUUUACAUUCUGGAUUUCUUUCUAAUUAACUUGGUUAACAUUAUGGGAUGUUUGCCUUUGCUCGCUCCUGAAACCCAUAACAGGCUUAGAUUAGCAACACCAGGCAAAUUAACAAUGCAGUCCGGCUCCAAUUGAAGCCUGUAUUGCAGGCUGAGACAUGAGUGAACCAGUCCACUCUGGAGGUGUGUAUAUUUGAUUACCCACCAGAUAACCUGGCAGGGUCUAUGGCAGGCAGCACAGACCCAAGGGGGGGGGGGGGGGUUUGCUAUUCCAGGCAUUGAGAUGCUAAGCUAAAGACCUCAGAAAUACAGUCAAUCUCCUUCGGAGGAACAUGGAUACACUGGUGGAUCCGGGGAGCCCAGCACUUGACAGGAGCCUUUGAAUACAUAAAUAUAUACAUAAAAUUGGAGGUGUCCAAGGUGACAUUUUAGCAGGGGGCUGGAAUAUUCUAGGUACACCCCUGAUCAUGACUGCGAUAAUUGCAGCAGCGUGAUGUAUAACAAAUAGCUCCAAUGUUUGUAUGAGAAAUAUUAACAAAAAAAAUGUUAAUGUUUCUUUAACGGUCUGCUGGGUCAGACAGGUCUGUAGCUAUGAUUCACUUUUAUUCAGGGGAUUUAGUCUGUACACCGGCUGAGGGUCACGGCUUAUGGAUGAAACCGGUAAAUUAAAUCCUGAAAUUAAAAUCUGUUGUGAACGCUGACACGCCCACCCUCUCACACAUGUGUCCUGGAUUAUUCACCAGCAGUUUUACAAUCGAUAACCGGAAAAAACUGUAUGAACACAGACCUUCAUGAAUUGUAGGCCAGGCAGAAUAGGCAGUUUCAUAGGGCUCCCAGAUUGCAUUGUAAAGGAAAUCAUCAAUUUUCUUAAUGGUGGGUGUGUGUGUGUGUGGGGGGGGGGGCUCGCCUAGGGCCCCUGAAAAGGUAGUCAGCCCUAAUUGCAGGCUUUCCAAAUGCAGGACAUGCUGUGUGGUCCUGAUACACUGUCUGCACAUUAGUCUGCUACAGGAAACGUUUCGUAAUGUUCACCGGUAAAAUCACGUCAUCUGUCAUUUCCUGUGAUAACAAAUCUGACAUAUGUCGUAACACUUUGAACGCACCAGCAUCAUUCGUCAAAGUGUGAUUACUGCAACCUUAGGCUGUUUUAGUUAAUAAACAUUUCAAAAUUA